GCGCUUUCUAAUAUAGUGUUGGAAAAUUUAACAAAUUGUCCAAUUUGCAAUGAAAAUUUCAGUUUGCCAAGAUUUUUACCGUGUUAUCACACAUAUUGUCAACAUUGUUUGAAGGAUUAUAUCGAGUCUGAAAUUGAAAAACACGGGAAAAGUUUAAGCAAGAUAAAAUGCGUAGUCUGCCAGAGUGAUUUCCCGCUUAUUCCCGACACGGAGCCAGAGAAGUAUCUUGCAGAACUCCCAAUGGAUAACCUCGCACUCAGCAUUAUAAAGCGAAAAGAAGUCGGCGAUUCAGAAAACAUCUGCUACCCGUGUAAGCGGAUAGACAUUACCAGUCCAGCAGUAUGCUACUGUUCAAAAUGCGUAGAGUUUCUUUGCAAAGAUUGUGAAAAAUACCACAAAACUAACAAAACAACAACUAACCAUUUAUUGGUAAGCAUAGCCAAGAUUGUGAAGGAAACAGAUCUGUUAAAACAUGCGCCACCGGUUAUCUGCCCAGAACACCGGGAAAGUGAGAUGUCGAUGUACUGUUUUUCGCACGAAGUUGUCUGCUGUUCGUCUUGCGUUUCAGAGCAUCACUCGCAGUGCAAAACUGUCGCAACAGUUGAACAUGCAGUUGCUAGAUUUAAAGAAAAACGUAUGUUCGAGGCAUUUAAUAAAAGCAUGCAAAAGUCGAAAUUCAAGUAUGACGAAGAGGUUAAAAAAGGAACUGAACAUUUAGGACAACUAGAUCACAGUGCCUCUUUCAUAUGUGCAGAAAUUGAAGACAUGCGCAAAAUGAUAAACAAACACUUCGAUGAACUCGAGGUCAGUGCUAAGAAGCAGUUAGUUAGCAUUAAAAAUGAACAGACGGCUGAAUUAGAAGAUAAAAUCGAUGAGUUUAGAAUGAGAAGCCUAAUGUUGGAAGAAAGUGGACAGGUAUUGAAAGCUUUCGUACAAAACGCAUCUCCAGGGCUGCUUUUAUUUGAAAUGAAGCGAUUGAAAAAUCAGCAUAUGGAAUGCGAAAAGUUUAUUCACCAAUCAAAAACUCUUCUAGCUAAACGGCUACUCGGUUUUGAUCCCGACAAAAACGUUGAUGGAAUUACUUCAAGUCUGAAACAUAUGGGUAAAGUUUUCGUCAAGGGUGUUUUUGAUAUAACGCGAGACAUACCCAAGAACACAAUGACUUUGAAGACUAAACGAAAGAACGCAAGAAUCACAGGAAUCUCGUCUUUCCCUGAUGGAAGAAUAGUUUUAACUGACGAAAAUAACUGUACGCUUACACUAUUUGACGGAGAAGGUAAUGAGCUGAGUGAACUGGUUCUUCUUGGAAAGCCCUGGGAUGUGGCAUCAUUAGACCGACAUCGAUGUGUCAUCACGAUGCGAGGUCUAAACGUUUUGCAGUAUGUCAAUGUCAAUGACAUGACACUUUUACGUCAAAUCGCGAUAGACGAUGGUGUAUGGGGCGUUUCCGUUUAUGGUGAAGAACUAGUUAUCGGAUUUGACAAUAAAGUAGAAAUAUUUGAUUUUGGAGGAAGAUCUGAACAUGUUAUUCCAUGUUUAGGAUCAGACUAUUACGUAACCAUAGACAACUUAGGGAGGUUUUAUCACAAACAUCACGGGAACACGCUUCACUGUCGACACGUGUCUGGAAAAUUUGCGUUUAGUUAUUAUAAUGCGGAAUUAGUCAAUCUUACAGGAAUUACAAUUGACAAUGACGGGAAUAUAUACGUCGCUGGGUUUCAUUCAAACAAUGUUCACCAACUUACUCCAGAUGGGACACUUAUGCGGAUAAUUUUAUCCGGAAUGGAUGGUAUAUAUCAACCCCUUAAACUCCAUUUCUCCAAAGAUUUCAGCAAACUUUUCGUGGCAAAUAAUAAUGGUUCAUCUGUUGCCGUAUACAGCUUCACAAAUAUAUCAUGAUUGUUUCGAUUAGUUUCUAAGAUAUACUUAGUAAUAAACUUGUAUUAUAUCGCAAGAAUAGAUUUUUAACAAUUUAAAUCUGUUCGUUUGGG